CUCCAACCUCACCCGAGUUCUGUGAAGCAACGACAGUCAUUCCCAACAUACAUCAUGGCGGGCAACUCAUCCCACCCUAUCCACAUCCACCCGGUUCGCCCGCUCUACCGCUUCACUGCAACCGCAUUGGGCGCAAGCAUGUGGUUCUUCCUCAUGUACCGGGCCAAGAAGGACGGACCAGCUCUGUUGGGCUGGAAGCACCCUUGGGACCAUUGAUCUCCGAAUUUUAUCG